UAGUCUCUAAGAUGCCACAAGUACUCCAGUUCUUUUUGCGAAUACAGACUAACGGCUGCUACUCUGAAACCUGUCAUAUUUAAAGAACUGUCUCCUAAAUAUUGAUUGGUCCAUUUGAACCCAAAAUAAUAGUGAAACCCUAAUUCCUUUAAAAGGGGGUUUCAAAUUCUUUAGGUACACAGAACAGUUUUUAACACGUUUAAUUUCGAAUACAUAUAGCACAUCAUACCGUCUAAUCCAUUCCCUCUGUACUUUGGAUAAAUUACGGGUUUGUGGGAGAUUGAGGAUAUUGCCGGUUACUGACUGGUUAAUUUGACACAGUAAAAGAGAUUUGGUCACCAUUUAUGAUUAGAUAUUGCGUAUGAAACUGGUCUGUGGGUUCAAAAAUGUCACAAAUGGAAGGAAAAAGUAGUAACAAGAAAAAUACCUUUUUAAAUGGCUACUCUUGAUUUAAAAUCUAAUCUCAUAUAGUACCAUUAGGAAUCACUUGUAACAACACAAGGUAGAACCGUGUGAUUUAUUAAAGGGAUGUGCCCUUACCUAUUAUGGGAGAGCUCUGCAUUUGAUUUAAUAAUAUAAGGGAAUGUUUUCUAUUUCUUCACUGUGUGUUAACUUUAUUGUAUAAUUUUGUUCUCAAAGUUUGCAUCAAGCCUUUUUAUCUUGUAAGAGAGAUGUGUGAUUGUUAUUUCUAUUUUAAAUUGUUCCUUAUUAACAUAAAUCCAUCACUAAUUGAACGAUAAUGUGUAAUAUGCAAUGUUCUAGUCCUAAAGCAAAGAUGUAUGGCAGUGGCAAUUUGCUGAAGUUUGUAAUGCACAAGAAUGAAAAGACCUUAGCAAUAGCCAUGCCCUUUAGACAAUGGAUCAGGAUUUCAAAAGUUGGUUACUGGAUCAAUUCAGAAAUGCAGUGUUGCGUUAAUGAAUGUUAAUAUUUUCUUCAUAGUUUAAGAAAACCUCUCCUAUAAUUCUUCCACCUGAAGUUACUAUGACCUUGUCUAUUAGGAAAAUGAAUGUUCCUGCUACACAGGACUAAGAUAUAACUAGUAGCUUUGUAUUGUACACAGAGCAGCACUCUACGAAACGCUCUGCUUUAACAAGUCAUCCACUUUUGGGGCACAAACAGUCUCUCACGGGACUUCAAUUUGCUUCUCGCAUUGUUCCAUGGUGUGCUAAUUUAACAUUUCAUGUUUUAAGGAGGGUAAAAGAUUUUGGUCAAAGAAGCUAAUUUCUAAUCCAUAUUCAACGCUCAUGGACGAGUUUGUGUUACUUCCUUCUCUUUGAAAUCAAUUUACUAUGAAAACAUUGAUUCAAAUGUCUGGCUUUGAGCCUGGAUUGGGAGAAGACCCUUUAAAGAAUAACGUUUCAUUACUUUGAAAAUUUCAUUGAGCACGGUGCAGUUUUUAUUUAGAAGGAAAAACAAAAGUUUCUCUCUCUCGAGGUCUCUCCAGGUCCAGGACUCACGGUUUAUUGACUCUUUUAAAACUCAUCUUUUGUUUCUCCAACGGGAAACUCUACUGAAUAAAAAUACCCUCUUUCCUCUUCACCACGCUAUAAAGUGGGGGUGAUUCGGUGGUGGAAAUACUGCAAAAAACACACUUUUUUGACUUCCAAGAAACACAAACUGAACGGGAAGAAGAGUACUUUCUGGCUUGCAGCUGGGCGGGCUCUUUAACGCACCAAUCACAGAGUAGCUCUUCUCUAUAAAUACCAGGCAUCUGACUAACUCUAGCCCAAUUGUUUUCUUCUGAUUCGUGGAAAACGUCUGCUAGAAUGUCGGAAACGGCGCCUGUUGCCACUCCUGCUGUGUCCGCUCCGGGGGCAAAAACCUCUGCUAAAAAGCCGAAGAAGGCGGCAGGAGGUUCAAAAGCCCGUAAGGCCUCGGGUCCCAGCGUGACCGAGCUGAUCACCAAGGCGGUGUCCGCUUCCAAGGAGCGCAAAGGGCUUUCUUUGGCCGCUCUGAAGAAGGUUUUGGCUGCUGGAGGGUACGAUGUGGAGAAGAACAACAGCCGCAUCAAGUUAGGACUUAAGAGCCUGGUGAGCAAAACCAUUUUGGUACAGACCAAAGGUACCGGUGCCUCUGGUUCCUUCAAACUUAACAAGAAGCCGGGUGAGACCAAGGAAAAGGCGCCGAAGAAGAAGCCAGCGGCAAAGCCUAAGAAACCAGCUGCCAAGAAACCCGCCAGCGCCGCCAAGAAACCCAAAAAGGCUGCGGCCGUGAAAAAGAGCCCGAAAAAAGCCAAAAAACCAGCGGCUUCCGCGGCCAAGAAAGCGACCAAGAGCCCCAAGAAGGCCAAACCUGCCAAGCCUAAAAAGGCAGCUAAGAGCCCGGCUAAGGCUAAGGCGGUGAAGCCCAAGGCUGCCAAGCCCAAGCCGACCAAACCUAAAGCAGGAAAGGGUAAGAAGGCAGCUCCCAAGAAGAAGUAAAGGGACUGGAAACAGAAAAUAGAGUCUAACUCGUGCAAACAAACCCAACGGCUCUUUUAAGAGCCACCCACCUUUUCCAAAAGGAGCUGAAACGUGUGCGUUCACUCUCGCAGUAACAAAUUUCCCCUCCUUUGUGACUAAAUGUUGGAAAUAAUACAAAGUAACUUAAAAAGUUAUUUUGUCCUGAGGGAAGCUAAGAGGAAAUAUUUAUGGAUACUGUUUCUAAUCGCUUACUCCAUGGAAUACUCCCCCCGUACAUUUUAAGUGGUGCUCAGGUCAUGCUUUGUUCUGCCUACAGAGGGGGAGGGUAGGAGAUCUAGCGAGGGGACAAAGUGUUUCUAAGUCAAACAUUUACUAUCGCCUGACUGGCUGCGGGAAGCAGGACUAAAUUGGUGGAGAGUUUGAAAAGCCCGCGCUGUGCAAUGAUUGGUCCGUCUCCCGCCCGGGUUUAAAGCAGGGCACCCAACUCUGACAUACUCGUUUAAAAUUUGAACACGUACAUCUUGAUGGGGAGGGUG